UGUCGGCCGACAAUGGUGACUAGGCUUCCUUCCGGUUUGCUAAGCGGAGGCCGGAAGUGUUGGUUUUAGGGGGCUCUGGGAGUAGAAGAGUGCUGAUAGCGGCAGCGAGGGCAGCGAAGGGGUUACCGAAGUGCUGGGAUUCUUGCGGCUGUGCAGGGAUUUAACCACCACCAUGUCGAGCAAAAGGGCAAAGACCAAGACCACCAAGAAGCGCCCGCAGCGCGCAACAUCCAAUGUGUUUGCCAUGUUUGACCAGUCACAGAUUCAGGAAUUCAAAGAGGCCUUCAACAUGAUUGAUCAGAACAGAGAUGGUUUCAUUGACAAGGAAGAUUUGCAUGAUAUGCUUGCCUCCCUGGGGAAAAAUCCAACUGAUGAGUAUCUGGAUGCCAUGAUGAAUGAGGCUCCAGGGCCCAUAAAUUUCACCAUGUUUCUCACGAUGUUCGGUGAGAAGUUAAAUGGCACAGAUCCAGAAGAUGUCAUCAGAAAUGCUUUUGCUUGCUUUGAUGAAGAAGCAACUGGCACCAUCCAGGAAGACUACCUGAGAGAGCUGCUGACAACAAUGGGAGACCGGUUUACGGAUGAAGAGGUGGAUGAGCUGUACAGAGAAGCGCCUAUCGACAAAAAGGGGAAUUUCAAUUACAUCGAGUUCACGCGCAUCCUUAAACAUGGAGCAAAAGACAAAGAUGAUUGAAAGAACUUCAGAUUCCAGCCAAACGUUCCUUGUUGCCACUUUGGGUAUUUCUGAGACGUUCUCUUAGAGUCUGUUGCAUGCCCUUAGCUUUGCAGCUUUUGCCUUUCUUGUAUUUAUUCUCAGCCAUUUUGGGCACAUGCAUCUCUGUAUUCAGACUGGAAAUGGGACUUUUUAUGAUUUUCAGAUAGAAAAUAGGGCAAUUUAACUUACCAGCCCCUCCCCCUCAAUAACUGCAGUCUACACAGAUUCAGUAUAUUUUUUCAGAGAAAGUUAUUCACUCAAUUUUUUCUGAACCGUUAUUAAACUUUAUGAUAAAAA